AUGGAAUCAAAUGAAAGCGUUGUAACCUUAGAUGUCGGAGAAUUAGCUCUAUUUCUUUUUCUUCUUUUAUUUCAGAAACGUACACUUGAUUCAUUAUCCGGUAGUGAUUUCUUCAAAAAAUCGUUAGAUUCAUUAUCUGGCAAUGAUUUUUUUAAAAAGAGUUUAGAUAGUUUAUCUGGAAAUGACUUUUUCAAACGAGAAGAUGAGAAACGUACACUUGAUUCAUUGUCCGGUAGUGACUUUUUUAAAAAAUCGUUAGAUUCAUUAUCUGGCAAUGAUUUCUUCAAAAAAUCGUUGGAUUCAUUAUCUGGCAAUGAUUUCUUCAAAAAAUCGUUAGAUUCACUAUCUGGCAAUGAUUUCUUCAAAAAAUCGUUAGAUUCACUAUCUGGCAAUGAUUUCUUCAAACGUUCUCUUGACUCACUCAGUGGAAAUGAUUUUUUUAAACGAAAUGAUGAUUUACGUACACUGUAUUUAAUUCAUGAAUUAAAUUUGGCUCAUAAUGGUCAUCGACAUCCACGACACCGUUUUAACAAAGCACAACAUCAUCAAGAAGAUUAA